UCCUGGGGGUCAGUGCGCACGUGCGGCUGCUUGCUGCCCGCCCUUUGCAUAGAAAUACUACCGCUGGUGGACAGAUGCGCAUGAGCAAUCGCUCGCAGACUCAUUCAGGGCGUGGGGGAACCACCACCCUCUCUGGGAACUAGUGCGCAGGCGCAAACGCACAUGUGCUGUCUUUAAACACCAACGUUGUCUGGAAGAACGCACCCUCCCCCCAUCGGGCCGAGUGCGCAUGCUCGACCGCGCGCGCGAACGACCCGUCUUCCGUCUUCUGCGCCUGCGCGACCGUGAUUCCUCAGUCUCGUCUCCCUACGCCCCAGACUCGGUCGUGAGGGCCGCGAGCUUCGAAAGGGCGGGAAAGGCCGUUGGAGAGGGAGAGGCGAGCGGUUUACUCACUCCAUGGCUGCGCAAAGGAGAGGCGGCGGCGGCCUCGGCUGAAGAAAGAAGAGCCGCCUCGAAGGCAGAUGUCUGUGUGUGUGACUGUUUCCCCGAGCACUUAGAGGCCUGGCGCCUCCUCGCCCUGGUCCCCAUCCUCCUCAGCCUGGCGGCCUCCCUGGACUGGCAAACUGCCCAGAGCCGCGACCCCUUCGAGAAAUGUAUGCGAGACCCCGACUAUGAGCAGCUGCUCAGAGUCCUGACCUUGGGCCUCAAUCGGACCUCGAAGCCCCAGAGGGUGACUGUGGUUGGUGCAGGCGUGGCUGGGUUGUUGGCCGCCAAGGUGCUCAGCGAUGCUGGACACAAGGUCACCAUCCUGGAGGCAGACAACAGGAUCGGGGGCCGAAUCUUCACCUACCGGGACCGGAAGACCGGCUGGAUUGGGGAGCUGGGAGCCAUGCGCAUGCCCAGCUCGCACAGGAUCCUCCAUGCGCUCUGCAAGAGCCUGGGACUCAAUCUGACCAAAUUCACCCAGUACGACGAGAACACGUGGACGGAGGUGCAUGAAGUGAAGCUGCGGAACUACGUGGUGGAGAAGAUGCCUGAGAAGCUGGGCUACAAGCUGCAUCCCAAGGAGAAGGGCCACUCGCCCGAAGAAAUCUACCAGAUGGCUCUCAACAGGGCCAUCGAAGAUCUCAGGACACUGGGCUGCAGAAAGGCAAUGAUGAAGUUUGAAAGGCACACGCUCCUGGAAUACCUCCUCGGGGAGGGGAACCUGAGCCAGCCUGCCGUUCGGCUCCUGGGAGACGUGAUGUCCAAGGACGGCUUCUUCUAUCUCAACUUCGCCGAGGCCCUGCGGGCUCACAGCUGCCUCAGCGACCGGCUCCGGUACAGCCGUAUCGCGGGCGGCUGGGACCUGUUGCCGCGCGCGCUGCUGAGCUCGCUGUCGGGGCCUGUGCUGCUGCACACGCCCGUCGUGGCGAUUAAGCAGGGGACGCACGAGGUGAGCGUGUACUUCGAGCCCUCGCGCCGGGCCCGGAAUCAGAAGUCCUUGACGGCCGACGUGGUGCUGCUGACGGUGAGCGGGCCCGCGCUGCAGCGCAUCACCUUCACGCCGCCGCUGACGCUCAAGUGGCAGGAGGCAGUGCGCGCGCUGCAUUACAUGCCGGCCACCAAGGUGUUCCUGAGCUUCCGCCGGCCCUUCUGGCACGACGAGCAUAUCGAAGGCGGCCACUCGAACACCGACCGACCGUCGCGCGUGAUAUUCUAUCCGCCGCCUGGCGAGGGCGCGCUGCUGCUCGCCUCGUACACGUGGUCGGACGCGGCUGCCACGUUCGCUGGCCUGAGCCUGUCCGAAGCCCUGCGCUUGGCGCUCGACGACGUGGCGGCGCUUCACGGGCCCAUCGUGUACCGGCUCUGGGACGGCAGCGGCAUCGUCAAGCGCUGGGCGGAGGACCCGCACAGCCAGGGCGGCUUCGUGGUGCAGCCCCCGAUGCUCUGGCGAACCGACAAGGACGAGGAUCAGGAGUACGAUUGGGCGGUCCCCCACGGCCGCAUUUACUUCGCCGGCGAGCACACGGCCUACCCGCACGGCUGGGUGGAGACGGCCGUCAAGUCGGCACUGCGGGCCGCGGUCUUGAUCAACGGCCGGACCAGCAGCUGGAACGACCCCCGGACCAUCAACAGCAUGGGGCAUGUGCACGUGGCGCCCGCCCACCACCACCCGCGCAGCCUCGAAAGGGGGCGGGGCACCCACUCUCCAGCCUUACAUGCCGUCACCGCUCCGCACACGACCCAAAAGAGGACCCAAUAUUAAAGUAUUUUUGGAAACAGCA